CAGUUAAGAAGACUUACAGUUAAGAGUGCAUUUACUAGCGCUUCUGUACAAGAUCAGAUUAUUUGCUCGUCAUGUCAAAUACUUCAUAUCAGUGCAUUUUGUUUUUCAUCUGGGGUUUACAGCCGACACCGCACGAGAGCUGUUUUGGUUCCAAACUACAAGAAUGAUGUCUGAGUGAUCAAUUGGAUGGACGCUUGCAUUAAUGUGGGAAAAAAAAUUAGCCUCUGGAUUUCAAUGCGAUGCUUUUAAUGGAAGGAUACCGUUACAGAAGAAAUAAUGGGCUGCGGUCAGCAGAUGAACAUCAUUAUGCUGUUGAAGCCAAGAAAAUUAAACAACAUACUUAAUAAGUGAAAAGAACAUCAAUAAAAGCUGGAACUGAACAGACAGUUUUUUUUCAUAUUCAAUCUUUUGAAUAUCAAAAAGAUUAUAUUCUGCUUUUUUUUUCUCCACCACCAAUUUGAUUUCUGCCUGUUUCUUCACAUCUUGUAUGUAAAUACUCACAUCAAGAGGACUAAUCAUGCAGGAAAAUGUGAGCUCCAGAAUGGAUACCCCCACCAACAUCUCCCUGGUUGGGUCUGGGGACGCUGUGUCCGAGUCCCUGGAGUAUAAGACGGUAUCUGUGUUCCUGGUGCUGCUGGUGUGUGGUGUGGGCAUAGUGGGAAACAUCAUGGUUGUGCUGGUGGUUCUUACCACACGCCACAUGCGUACACCCACCAACUGCUAUCUGGUGAGCUUGGCCGUGGCAGACCUGAUGGUCCUGGUGGCCGCGGGUCUGCCGAAUAUCUCCGAGAGCUUGAUGGCCACCUGGGUGUAUGGGCAUGCUGGGUGCUUGGGCAUCACCUACUUUCAGUACCUUGGUAUUAAUGCAUCCUCCUGUUCGAUUACAGCCUUCACUGUGGAGAGAUACAUCGCUAUAUGUCACCCAAUGAGGGCUCAAACGGUCUGUACAGUAUCCCGAGCCAAACGCAUCAUUGCCGGGGUGUGGGCAUUCACCUGUGUAUACUGUAUGCUCUGGCUGUUCCUGGUGGACAUCCAGGUGAACCCUGAUGGUCGUGUUCAGUGUGGCUACCGCGUCUCUCGAGACCUCUACCUGCCCAUCUACCUGAUCGACUUCGCCAUCUUCUAUGUGAUCCCGCUGCUCCUGGCCAUUGCUCUUUACGGUCUCAUCGCCCGAAUCCUUUACCUGAAUCCUCUGCCCCACCCACCAGUCUCAGGUACCAUUACCGCCCCCACUCUCAGGAGGAGCUGCAAAGAACCAGUGGACACCGGAAAAGCGGGUCGUCAGGGACGCCCAAAGAGCGCGCUUUCUUCCGGAAACAGGUGCUUGUGUGUCACUAAGAUGCUCGCAGUGGUGGUUGUGCUCUUCGCCCUGCUUUGGAUGCCAUACAGGACCCUGGUUCUCAUUAACUCCUUCGUGAGCACGCCAUACCUGGAUGCCUGGUUCCUGCUCUUCUGCAGGACCUGCAUUUACGCCAACAGCGCGAUCAACCCUGUUGUUUACAACCUGAUGUCCCAGAAGUUUCGCUCAGCCUUCCGUGGGCUGUACCGCUGCCAUAGAGAAGACGUGCACCAGCGGACGCUCUCCAUGCUCCAGAGCGGAUACAGCCUUGGAAGGGACCCCCGACUUUGCAACAACACCAACGGCACACCUAAGAAAAUCAGUUCAGUCACUCCUGAGAAACCAAACAAAGGCAUGGAGAACAACAAGGAAAAUAUAGACAAGCUAAUUAGUGAUGGUGUAAAAAAUGAGAUUGAGCCAAGCAUCAAGAAAAACGCAGUUGGAAACUGCAACAUAGACGAAUUGAAAAGCUCAGUUGACAAAGAGAUGCCUACAGUGGAGAACGUGGACAUGAGCAAGAUUAAUGAUAAUGGGAAAAUAAUGGAGGAAAGCGAUAAUACUGCUCAGGAUACUAUCGCUGACACGAGCAACACAGAGCAGACACAGCUAGCCGCCGAAGUAUUCGAAUCUACUGUGGGGGAAGCCAAACAGAAUGACACAGAGUUAAAUCACAGCAUUGUAUAGAUCACUCCGCUACAUACUGUACAUAUUUCAUUGAAGUGGCAGGGUUUAUCGAUAUAGAGCCUGGUUGUUCAUUUUAAAGCUGGAUCUUGGAAUUCAAAACUUGUAUUUACAGGCGUCAUCCUCACUCUUCAGUGGAGGUGGCAAGACUGGAGCCACUCUCUCCUCAUAAUUUACAAAUGGAACCAUUUGGCUGUCAGCACCAGCAUCACAUGCCUCCUACUGCUAGAGCUUCAGCUAGGGCUGACUGAUUUGUUACAAAACAUAUUAUUUUGAAGAAACAUUUAACAUCUCAUAUUGCUGCUGCUUAAAAAUAUAGACUAAUUUUAAAACAGGCAUCAUACACUGGCCGACUUUGUAAAGGGUUACUGAGGAAAAACUAGACAUCAUACACUGAACAACUGAGGAUCACAAGCCACCAGACUUUCAAGACAUUUUGAAGAAAACAUGCAGAAGCAUACUCCUCAUAUGGAGAUGCAUGACAAAUGAAAGUAAUGUGUGCUCUAAAAUCAACUCAAAAUAUCAAACAUGUUUGACAGCCUUCGACAGAACUAUUGCUAAUUCUUCCAGACUGCAAGUCAGAGCAAAAAUCUGGGUAAAAAAUUAUGUAGUGCAUUCCAAUAAGUUCAAACUGGGCUUUUCCUUAAAGGGAAAGUUCACUCACCCCCAUGCUGUUCCAAACCUGUAUGACUUUCUUACUUAUGUGGAACACAAAAGAAGAUAUUUUGAAGAAUGCUUCAUUCCAACGCUGUCUCUCGACCAAUUCGUACGUAUUUUACGAAGUGGCUAAUUCGGACAAAUUCAUAGGAUCUCACUCAUACUAUUUUGUACGGUUAGGUUUAAGGGCAGGGUUAGGUGUAGGUCAUUCGUACAAAUUCAUACAAAUUGUGCAACUCGUAAAAUACAUAUGAUUUAGCAAAAAUCGUAUGAAUUUGUACGAGUGAGGUCGUACGAAUUAGCUACCUCGUAAAAUAUGUACGAAGUCUUAUUCCAUACAAUGAAAGUCAAUGGAGUCCAAAACAAGAUUAGACCCAGCUGAAUUUCAUAGUAUACUAGGAAAAAAAAAUCUGCUUCCAAUAUAAAUAAUUACUGUUGAAAUGGAAAUUAAUCCUAUCGACAUUCUAAAUGUAUCUCAUUGAUCUUAUUGUGAAUGAUUCAUCCAUGCAUGUUUAUUUAUUUAUUUAUUUUCAUUUUACCUCAUCAUUUUUCACCAAAAUGUGAAUCUCAAUCUUCCAGUGACACGACAAACUUCUACAAUCACGUAGUCCGCUUAAGUCCCGCCCCUUUGUCCCCGCCCUAGAGUUUUAUCUUUUUUGAUAAUCUGUUUCAUUCAAAUAUACAUCAAAAUACGCGAGAAAAUAUCUGUCAGUACUUCCAUUGGAUCACGUUACAUACGGUCACACUUGAGUCUCCUUUAAAAGAACCAAAUUCUUUCAGUUGACCCAAAAGUGAACUCCAGUCAAGUCAAAAAAAAAGACACACACAAAACAGUGUGGCUCCUUCACUUUCAAACUACAAACUAAAUAUUUAAUUAAAAUAUCAGCCUUUUAAUAAUAACACAAGCUCAUAUCACAAUUUCGACUUGAAUUUAAUUAAUUGUGCAGACUUCGCUCCAGGAUGUGUCUUCUCUCAACACAAAACUUUUUUACCCACUUUGUCUCUCAUUCCACUGAGUUUGGAGACACAAACAAGCCUCAUCUUGCUUUUAAAGCACAGACGAGUUAUCCCUUAAAAACAUUCAGGAUGCUACGGGGCAUAAGAUCCAUUUAAAAUGCUUUUGUCCACCAAUAAGGCCCGAAGCAUCAUGACACACUUGUGUUUUCCCACAGCCAACAUUUGCCAUCACUGGAUGAAUUCCACAGUACGUGGAGAUCUAAUGCCUGGCCAUUUGUUCCAGCCCAAAUAAACAGAACCAGUUCUGUGUGCCCAGAGGCAUGUCUGAGCUUUUUAGACCUUGCAUUUACAACCUAGUGGAAGAUGAGCGAAGCCAGGCAUCCAUUUGUCAGGUGCAGUUAUUCAUCUUUUUAUGUGGAGCGCAAGAAACAUCUUCCGCGCAGAACAGAGCCGAUGGUUUCUGUUGAAGCAAGCGGACAGAUGUAACCAUAAAUCAUCUAUAAACAGAACAUAUCUUUCCCGGAGGAAAGCAGUGGAGCUGAAGCAUAUUCUCAAAGCACUUUGUUGUUUAGCAAGUGCUAUUUUAUGUGUUUUAAUGCCUUGUGUUUAUGCAGAACCAUGUAAUACUCAACAUCGGUGUGAUUAUCUGUUAUAAAUCAUGAUUUUCUGAUGCUGUCAUGACUUUGAUAGUCAUUUUUAGUUGAAAUGUGAACCCUGUGUUGUUAUUUUAGUACGCCAUUAAGUCUAACUGCUCUCUCAAGUGUUUUGUUGUUGCUCUGGAGAAGAAUGCAGCUCCGCACUGAAGCACUGUUUUCAAGAUCAGUUGAAUAUGACAUUUAUGUACCGUGCUUAAUACAAAUAUGUUCAUUCAUUUUCUGCGUAUAAUUUGAUGUUUUGGGUUUAUAUCAUCAAUGUAAAGAGACAUUGGAAAGAAGAAAUGUAUUAUGCUUAACCUAUGAGUUUUUAGGCUACGCUUGUCUCUUUCUCAUAAUGUUUCGCAAUUGUUGAUUGCUGCGGUUUUUAGUCUUGUUUCUGUGCCAGGAGUGGAUUUCCUCUGCAGGCUGAUGCUUCGCUUGGUGUUGCAGAAGAAGACAUUUCCAAUUUGUGAGCCUAGCGAGCUUUAUUAAUAGCUGCUAUUUAUACAUAAUCUAUUUUGAAAACCAUGGUUGAUAUUGUGUUGGUAUUGCGAUAUGAAGCUUCUGUUUGCUUUUGAGUUGAAGCCCGUUCUGUGUUUGCUCAGAUUGUAAUUGCGAGUUGAAAUCAGAGUUAUGUGCAAGUGAUCUGUGAGCAUGUUCAGUUUCUGCUUGUUUUUAAAAAUAGAAAAAACAUACAUUUCUUUCUCCUUUCUGGUUUCAUUUGGCAACCUAUGUGAAAAUUAAAGCUGGAUACAAG